AUGUGGGGUUCAUCGCAACAGGUCCUCGGGAUCCCGGGGCCCCAGAAGAUCCUCAAAACGAUAGGCUCUCUCUGGCUGUCCUCGACAAUCGAUGAACAACGUGCUCCAGGAAUUUCUAGCUCUUGUCCUCUAUCAGAGGUUAGCUGUCACGCCAAAUUUCAUGGCCAAGAUACGUGUUGUUUCAAUUACCCGGGUGGCCAGAUGUUGCAAACGCAGUUCUGGGACGCUGACCCCGCCGUUGGACCUGAUGACUCCUGGACCAUCCACGGUCUAUGGCCUGAUCAUUGCGAUGGCGGUUUUGACCAAUUCUGUGAUUACAAACGGAAAUACAGCAACAUCUCGCUGAUUCUGAUCGACGCCGGUCGCGGCGAUCUGAUUGAAUACAUGAGCGAAUAUUGGAAGGACUACAAAGGUGAUGACGCUAACCUCUGGGAACAUGAGUGGAAUAAGCAUGGUACUUGUGUCAGCACCCUUGAGCCGCACUGCUACGAGGACUAUCUCCCCCAGCAGGAUGUGGUUGAUUAUUUUGAUAAAGCCGUUGAGAUUUAUAAAGAAAGAAACACAUAUCAGUUCCUGGCCGAUGCUGGCAUUGUACCAUCAAACAGCAAAACAUAUGCUCGUGCAGAUAUUGAGGCCGCCUUGACCAAAGGACAUGGUGCCCCCGUCACUAUCCGCUGCCGCAGAGGCGUUUUCAACGAAAUUUGGUACCACUUCAACAUUGCCGGAAGCUUGCAGACUGGCAAAUUCAUCGUGUCUGAGCCAGAUGGUCCGAAAUCGAACUGUCCUGCCAAUGGUCUCCACUACCCGCUCAAGCGGUCCCAUAAUGACCCACCAUCUAGAACCACAACUACACAGGGAUCAGAGCCUACGGCGCCAGGAACUCCAUUUUCUGGCCGGGGAAAUCUGAUGGUUUCAACGUUGAACCAAAGACGAGGCUGUAUCAUUAGUUAUGGUACCUGGUUUGCAUCUGGAACUUGUGCUACCUUCCGAACGAAAAAGAAAUCAGAUGAUACGUUUACCCUCAAGUCGAGCAAGGGCCUAUGUGGCUUUGAGGAGGGAGCCUUCACCUGCGGCGAUGAAGUUGCUACACCAGCCGAAUUCAAGGCCAAGGAUGAUAAGCUCUCGUACAAUGAUAACACAACUUUCUAUGCAGCAAGUGCUCCAAAAGGUCGGACGCAGAGUACUGUUUAUUCCGACGAGGAUGAUCAUCCAAUUGAAAUUGAAAUCAUCUGGAACGCUUGA